AUGGUAGCAGCAUCAUCCUCAACUUCAACAACUGACCGCACCCUUAAGAUACAAGACACCGGCAAUACCGACCAUUAUCUCCCGUCCAACUCCACUGCUUCCUCACUCCAUUCACAACGUACAAAGGAGCAAUGCAGUAAUCUACAACCGGCACAAGCACAGGACCAACUGGAAUCAAUGAACCCUCCACCGGGGCCCUCGCGGCUACGAGAAUGCAUGUUCAUCGUAAUUAUUGCCUCCAGUCAAUUCAUCUCAUUAGCCGCAGCAAGUCAGGCCAUCUUACAAAUGGAUGCCAUCACUGCAUGGUUCCAAUUACCGGCAGACAGAUCUCUGGAAGCUGGAUGGGCCAACGCUGCUUUCGCGAUAACAUGCGGGACCUUUAUUAUCCCCGCGGGGAAACUAUGCGAUCUCAUUGGAUCCAAGACUGUCUUCAUCUUCGGGUAUGCAUGGUAUACCCUAUGGUCUCUCCUCGUUGGGAUCAGUAGGUAUGCACCUAAGGGCCAGGCUACUUUCUUUUUCUUCGGAAGAGGUUGUCAAGGUAUUGGAGCUGCCGCUUUAUUUCCAAGCUCAUUGGCGUUGUUGGGGAAAUAUUAUCCUCCAAGCUGUAAAAAAAAUAUUGUAUUCUCAUUAUAUGGGUUUUGCGUCCCCUUGGGGGUAGUCGUCGGUGGAGUGUUUUCUGCUAUAUUUACACAAUUGGCUCAUUGGUCUUGGAAUUACUGGUCGAUGGCUAUAGUUUCCGCCUUUUUCACUCUGAUAAGUUGUUUCUAUAUACCACCAGAUGAAAUAAUCAAGUCGGAAGAACAGAAGAAGAAACGUGCAUGGUUCCAUUUACCCAAGUUUGAUUAUUUGGGGACGUUUCUUUACGUGGCUUCUUUAUUGUUAUUUGCAGUUUGUUGGAACCAGGCAACAGGUUUCAAAUUUAAAAGUGUCCAAGUGUACGUCACAUUGAUCGUAUCCCUGGUCUGCUUUGUUGCCAUGGUGAUUGUGGAGUUUUAUGUCGAUGAUCCCAUAAUACCAGCACGCAAGAUCCAUCCACAAACAAUAAAGGCUCUCCUCGUCGUCUUCUUUUCAUAUUUGUCCUUCACCAUUUGGCUCUUCUACUUAUGGAAAUAUUUUACAGUGGUUAGAAAUGAUACGGUAUUAUUAGGUGCCGCGAAAUUCGUCCCAUUAUCCAUAGCAGGUUUUAUAGCAGCAUUAUUUUCCAUCCUGCUCAUAUCCACCGCAGUCCCCGUACAAAUCCGUUUACUGGCAGGUGCAUGCUCUUUCCUUCUAGCUCACAUUCUCUUCAUAACAUUAUCUAGAACAGAAUCAUAUUGGGCAAGACCAUUCUUGACCAUUAUAAUUAUCUCCAUUGGUCUGGAUAUUAGUUUCCCCAGUGCCACAUUAUUAUUAAGUAAUGGUGUCCCACAGGAAUUGCGAGGGAUCUCUGCAGCAUUGGUGGGGACUGCAUUGAAUUAUGGCACGGGGAUUGGACCACCCAUUGCACAAACCAUUAUUGGAUAUCAAUGCGAUAAAUGUAUGGCUAGUGGUGACAUGGAUCAAUUUGUCAAAGCUAUUCAUAUUGCCGCCGCGGUAGGUAUCGGUGCCAGUGGGAUCGCUGUUGUGGUGGGCCUUUAUGGAACCGUUACAGAAUAUUCAUGGGAGACUCAUAGUUAUUCAAAGAGGUGUGUGGAGCCGUAUGAUGACGAGUAA